CGCUAACUGUGCUCACAAGCCUCCCAAACCUCGUAUUGGUCAGUCGGUCUGCAGCUACUAACAAAAUCAGACACCAAAAGUCCCGCAAUCUGAAAACACCCAAAAGACCUGCACAGCCAGAGACUACAAAGCAUAUCACAUAACUGUGAAGUGGACAAACGAGCAGUGCACGGACCAAAAUGGCAUUCCGCGUGGCCGGACUCUUCCUCAAAAAGGAGCUUGUGGCUCCCGCAAAGCAGCAACUGCGUCUGUUGGGCACCUCCUAUACGGCCCGCUCCCAGUUCUUGGCCAACUCGCCAAACACCGCGCUGGACAAAAGUAUCCUGCAGCGAUACCGAAACCUGGAAACGCCUGCCAACCGGGUGCAAGCCACUUACCUAUGGAUCGAUGGCACCGGUGAGAACAUCCGACUUAAAGACCGCGUCCUAGACAAGGUUCCCAGUUCUGUUGAGGACCUGCCAGACUGGCAGUAUGACGGUAGCUCCACCUACCAGGCGCACGGGGAAAAUUCGGACACCACGCUCAAGCCGCGUGCCCUCUAUCGCGAUCCAUUUAAGCCGGGCAAGAACGACGUGAUUGUCCUGUGCGACACCUAUAGUGCUGAUGGCAAGCCGACGGCCUCCAACAAGCGGGCUGCCUUUCAGGCGGGAGUUGAAAAGAUCGGUGAGCAGGAGCCCUGGUUCGGCAUCGAGCAAGAAUACACUUUGCUUGACGUGGACGGACGUCCCUUUGGCUGGCCAGAGAACGGUUUCCCGGCACCACAAGGACCCUAUUACUGCGGUGUGGGAGCCGACCGUGUCUACGCUCGCGAUCUCGUGGAGGCCCAUGCCGUGGCCUGCUUAUAUGCGGGGAUCCAUUUCGCCGGCACCAAUGCCGAAGUAAUGCCCGCCCAGUGGGAAUACCAAGUUGGUCCCAGUGAAGGUUUGAAGGCAAGUGACGAUUUGUGGGUAUCACGCUACAUCUUGCAGCGCAUUGCAGAGGAGUACGGCGUGGUAGUAACUUUCGACCCUAAGCCGAUGGAGGGCCAGUGGAAUGGAGCCGGCGCCCAUACCAACUUUUCGACGAAAGCCAUGCGUGCCGAGGGAGGUAUAAAAGCCAUAGAAGAGGCUAUCGAGAAGCUGAGUAAGCACCAUGAGCGGCACAUCAAGGCCUAUGACCCCAAAGAGGGCAAGGACAAUGAACGUCGCCUUGUUGGUCGCCUCGAGACUUCCAGCAUAGACAAGUUUUCCUGGGGCGUUGCUAACCGGGCCGUAAGUGUAAGAGUGCCGCGUGGCGUGGCGACAGCCGGAAAAGGAUAUUUCGAGGAUCGUCGGCCUAGCUCGAACUGUGACCCCUACGCCGUGUGCGGUGCUAUCGUCCGCACAUGUCUGCUCAACGAAUAGGCGUAGAUGACGAUUGAGUAACGGGACUAAUGGGUUCAAUAUCCUUUGUAAAUAGUAUAUUACGGAGUUCUGGAGCCUGUCUGAUUAUUUGGUUACUUUUGAAUUCAUUAGGAGCAAAAUUUUGUUUGCUUAUGCAAAAAGACAGUAGAACGAGGCACGAAAAGCGUGUGUAUAGCAUUUAAGAGUAAGGGUGGGUGGCAAGAAGAACCGAACAGGAUAAAAAUUUUACCUGAACUUAAUGGGGUCCCAAUAAUAAUCUGCCAUAAAUAUUUUACAGAUAACGUAUACCUUAUUUUUGCUUUAACUAAAUAAUAAAAAAUAAACUCUACAUUAUGCACUAUCUUAA